AUGGGAGUUUCAAUUUAUCUUCGUGUAUUUCUAUUAGCUAUUUUAAUUUAAUGAUACUUAUUGGAAUACAAAAUAUUCAAUAGUAUUGUCCAUUUGUCAAGUUAUCUGGUAACAUGAUUUCUUCGGUGCUUGCCUAGACUGUUUCUUUUUGGCGGCUUUGUGGUGCGAUAACCGGUCUGCUGGUGAAACCACUUGGAAGUCUAUUUUCUUCUCGAAAACUCCGACAUUUAGUUGAAUUCCUUGGUUGGGAGUUCAGGGCAAGUCUGAAACUGUAACGUGUUUCACCAGAAAUGGCCCCUAUCCAGAGACCCAUUCGCUUUGCUCAUUCAGAGGGGCAUACAGAUGUUGCAUACUCUGACAAUGGCAAGUACAUCAUCACAUGUGGGCAUGAUGGAGAGGUUCGAGUGUGGGCUGGUAUCGAAGACGAUGACAAUCAUACCCUUUGUGUGGCUGAGGAGAAAGCUAAUGCUGUUGCUCAACAGGGUAGCAGAAUGUUUGUUAGCACUGAUGAUAACUUAGUCCAAGCUUAUACGUUCCCUGAGUACAAACGGGAUGGAGUCAUUACCCGCUUUACAGCACCAGUCACAGAUAUUGCUGUCAGUUUAAGUGGGAAAUAUCUGGUGUCUGGAUCUUGUGAUAUGGAAAUUCAUCUAUCCAAUUUGAAAGACAGUGGACAAGAUGUUAUAUUUUCUGGACAUACUGCUCCUUUGAUAGGUGUUGCUAUUGACCCCAAGGAUGAAUAUUUGGUGUCAUCAUCAUGUGAUGGAACUGUUAAGGUGUGGGAUAUUGAACGCAAGGAAUGUGUGAAAACGUGGGAUUGUGUUCCAAAAGGGAACAAUUUUUUCACCACCCCUGUACUUGCAAGGGCUGCUUGGCAGCCAUCUGGAAAGCAUUAUCUUGCUGUUCCCAAUGAUAAGAAUAUUGAAAUUUAUGAAAGAUCAACUUGGUCUCACAUAACUAGUCUCACAUCCAGUAGUUGCACUGAGCCCUUUUCUCUAACAGCCUUUUCUCCUUGUGGGAACUAUUUGGCUGCUGUAGCCCUUAGUGUCAUAUGCAUAUGGGAUAUGAAUAACUUUGUGGAAUUAACUAAUUUUACCCAUGAAAGAGGUCAUAAAAUUUGUGGCCUACAGUGGAACCCUUCUGGGACUGAUGAAGUAGCUUACUGUGACAUUUUGGGUCAACUGGGAACAAUUGAAAGUUUGUUGCGGAAAGCUGGGAGCACCAGUGCUAAACCUGCUCAAGCAGAGCCUGACCUUGGGGGUCUAACAGCAAGUGAUUUCAAUGACUUAAAUGCAUUGAAAGAUUUGGAUGGUCUUGGAUUUGAUGAUGAUGACGACGAUAAUGAGAAUGCUGUAUCUUUGGACAAGAUUAAAAAUGAGCUGUCAAUGAAUUUCGAUGAUAAUGAUAAAUCCAGUAAAGGUCCUGAUGAUGACUCUCACAGUAUUGUUAGUGGGAGGAGCACUCGUCUUGGAAUGAAAGUCAAUGCCCAGUCUGUAUUUCAACCAUCAUCAACUCCUGAUACCUUACAGCAUCGAUUUAUGGUGUGGAAUAGUGUCGGUAUCAUUCGUUGUAUAAAUAAUCAUGAAGAAAACUCGAUCGAUAUUAGGUUUCAUGAUACUGCUGUCCAUCAUUCUAUUCACAUGAAUAACAUAAUGGGUCAUACAGUGGCCUCUUUGAGUUCUAAGGCUGUUGUUCUAGCUUGCCCUGCAUCAGAUGAUACUCCUAGCAAAGUAGUUUGUGUAGUGCUGAAUGCAUGGGAUGGAACUCAAGAGUGGGUUACUUCCUUACCAUCUGAAGAGUCUGCAGUGGCUGUUGCAGUUGGUCACAGCUGGCUAGCUGUGGCAACAGAUUCCAACAACUUACGCAUAUUUUGCCUUGCUGGCACUCAGCGUCAAGUUCUGGCCAUUCCAGGGUCACUCGUCUGUCUAACAGGCUACAAGGACAAACUUCUUUCCAUUUUCCAUAGGGGAAUUGGCCUUCCAGAAGAACAAAACCUUUGGUACCAGCUCAUGACAAUUACUCCUGAAGGUGUUUUAUCUUGUGGUCCUACGCAACCACUUCCCCUGUCACCGGGGGCUACAGUGAAAUGGAGUGGCUUCACAGAUGAGUGCUCUCCUUGUACCAUGGAUUCUGAUGAUAUGCUUCGCAUGCUACCAGCUCGUUCUCACUGUUGGAUGCCCAUCUGCAAUACAAAGGAUCAUGCUAAAGGACAAUCUGAUCACUUUUUUGUUGUGGGUAUUAGUGAACAGUAUCAAAACAUCCGUGCAGUUCUCUGCAGAGGUGCUUAUUACCCUCCCACAACACCUCUGCCAAUUGUUUCGGAGUUGCCCUUUAAACUUCCAUUCUGUGAAAUGGAAACUGAAAAGAGCCAAAUAGAAGAGGCUCUGUGGCGAUCACAACUUGUGUUAACCACCAUGAAAGCAAUCAUUGAUACCUCGAAAGAUGAUGAGGAUCUAUUAUUAGCUGAAAAAUGCAAAAAUGAAGCUGACAAAACUAUAAAAGAAUCUCUGAUCAAAUUAUUUGCUUUGUCAUCUAGAGGAGGAUUGGAAAUGCGUGCUAUUGAGCUUUGCCAUCUCAUGCCUUCUGCUCAAGUGGCUGAACUGGCAGCUAAAUAUGCUUUGAAAAUCGGGCGUUCACUCCUUGCUGACAGAGUCUCUGAUAUAAUUUCUACUAAGCGAGAUCGAGAAGAAUCUAAGCUAUUUUCAUCCCGAUCGCGAUCACCUGAUUUAUUUGCUUCUCAAUCGCAGGGAAGAAUGACACCUGCUGAUGAAGUUAAUGGACAUUAUGAUGACCACCACAUGGAUGGAUUUGAAGCAGAUAAAGAAAAUGAUACUGAAAGGGAAAAUCUUCUGUUGGCUGCAAAACGAAAGAGGGCUGCUUUAGAUGCUGAAGCUGUUGAAAUCAAACCAGCUGUAUUGCUUCAGUCCCAAAAACGCCUAAAUCCAUUUAAAAAGACAACUAUUCAGUCUAAUGAAGCAAAAGGACUGGACCGUUUUAGUUCUCCUUACAGUAGUCCACAAGAUCUGAAAAAGAAAGAUGCUGUUUCCAGCAGCAAAGGUUUAAGUGCUGUGCCAAAAGUUUCAAAGCCUCAAUCAAAGCAAAUGACAUUAUUUGGUACAACACUUAGCUCAAAUCAGAACAGUGGCAAAAAAGAUAAAAGUGAUUCAAAGAAAAAGCCUGUUCCAUUUGUGGCAUGGUUCUCUAAAGUUAAGUCAGAAUUGCAGGAAGAAUUUCCUGAUAUUGAUUCUUCAGAGCUCACAAAAAUUGGCAUGAAACGUUACAAAGAAUACAAGGAGAACCUGAAGGAAGAGGAAUCUCAAGAGGACGAAACUGCUGAAGCACCACUUUCCAAGAAGAAGAAGAUAGAAAAUGCCACUUCCAUUCCCUCUAGUGAAACAGAAUCAAUGGAGAUUGAAGAUGAGGAAAGUGCCGCUCUAUUGGCAGCUGCUGUUGAAGAAAUGGAGUCCUCGGAAGAUGUUGCAAGCAAGCCAAGUGAGCCAUCUCCUCCCAGAAAAGAAAAAAGUGAAAGUGGUAUUAGUAAAUUAAAAGCUUUUACUUUCUCUGGUAAAUCAUAAAAACCUUCAGAUGGGUAGCUGCAUCUUUGUUUCAUAUGUUAUGGAUCGAAAUUCAUUGUUUUAAUAUAUUCAUUGUACAGUUAUUUUUACUAAGUCAUAUUAUAAGUGAGGGGAAAAACCUUCCAUUUUAUUUUUUACUUCUGUACUUCUUAACAUAUUUUAGUGGUCUAUGAACAUAGGUUUAGAAACAUUCUGUAUUCAUUUGUUGUUUAGAUGAGAUAAUCAUUUCUUUACUUGUUUGUGUGCAUGUUUCUGCCAUUCUAUCAUACAUAUCUGUUUGUUAUAGCAAUGUUUGGAGAAUGUCUGCAGUAAAAGGUUGUUUGAUUGUAAAAAAAACAUUUAUUGUAAUAACAAACUCAACAUCAAGUAACAUUCUGCACAUCUUUGGCAACAUUCAAACUAAUACCUAAUUAAUAUUAUUAAUAAUUAGAAAUUAUAAUGAAAGGUAACCUAUCAAAAA